AUGAGGACUGAUGGGGAAGACAACGAUAAAUGGUCAACUUCUGACAACCAAUCAGCUGGUGGUCGCAUAAUGUCGCCAGGGAGAGGGCGCGGGAAUAAAAGGAAACGAGCUCCGUAUAAUCGACACAGCAUCAUGGUUGUUGACAGGAAGUAUAUCCGACAAAAAACAGGCAAAGAAGACCGGAAAGACGAUGAUUCAUACGGAGAAGAAGAGGAGGAAGAAGAACCUUUAGUUGCGCGCGACACUUUUAUUUCGAUGAAGAACAAAACACUUCGAUUGAUGGAACAGGAACAUUCCUUGGAUAAUUUCGAUCUCCUAGGUCUCCCUCCAUUGGGUGACCUGUCACAACUGAAUGAGGACGCCAUUGAAAUGUUGGAUAAGCGACUGAAUGAUCUUCGAGAGAUCUAUCAUAAUUCUAGAGCUGAAGCUGAGUUGCUUAUGAUGGAGAGAAAAAGACGGAAAAAGGCCGAGAAAAGAAAAGAACGCGAAAGAGCACAACGAGAAGCAUCAGCUAUGGAGAAAUCACAAUAA